AUGGAAGCGUCCUCUGAGCAGCAGGGGGGUGGACCGGUGCUGGUCCGCCGGCGUACCCCAGCACCCCCCGGCUGGUGUGAGAGGCUGAAGGCCAGGCUGUGGUGGAGCUGUGAGUGCAGCAGGCAGGGGGCCUGGGGGCUGGUGCAGGACCUGCUGCCCGCCACACACUGGCUGUGCAGGUACCGGCUACGGGAGGACCUGGCUGGGGAUGUCAUGUCCGGACUGGUCAUCGGCAUCAUCCUGGUGCCCCAGGCCAUCGCCUACUCGCUGCUGGCCGGGCUGCAGCCCAUCUACAGCCUCUACACAUCUUUCUUCGCGAACCUCAUCUACUUCCUUAUGGGCACCUCCCGCCACGUCUCUGUGGGCAUCUUCAGCCUGCUCUGCCUCAUGGUGGGGCAGGUGGUGGACCGUGAGCUCCUGUUAGCCGGCUUCGACCCUGCCCAGGACGGCCCAGGGCCUGGGGACAACAGCAGCGCCCUCAACGCUUCAGCUACCACGCCGGCCCUUGGGCUGCAGGACUGUGGACGUGACUGCUACGCCAUCAGAGUUGCCACUGCCCUCACUCUGGUGGCCGGGAUUUACCAGGUGCUCCUGGGCGUCCUCCGGCUUGGCUUCGCGUCUGCCUUCCUCUCACAGCCGCUGCUCGACGGCUUCGCCAUGGGGGCCUCGCUGACCAUCCUGACCUCCCAGCUGAAACACCUGCUGGGCGUGCGGGUCCCCCGGCACCAGGGGCCGGGCGUGGUGGUCCGCACGUGGCUGAGCCUGCUGCGCAAUGCCGGGCAGGCCAACCUGUGUGACGUGCUCACGAGUGCCGUGUGCCUGGCCGUGCUGCUGGCCUCCAAGGAGCUCUCGGACCGCUGCCAGCACCGCCUGAAGGUGCCGCUGCCCACGGAACUGCUGGUCAUCGUGGUGGCCACACUCGUGUCCCACCUCGGGCAGCUCCAUGCACACUUUGGCUCCAGUGUGGCCGGUGACAUCCCCACUGGCUUCAUGGCCCCGCGGGCACCGGACCCGGGGCUGAUGUGGCGCGUGGCACUGGAUGCUGUGCCCCUGGCCCUCGUGAGCUCCACCUUCUCCAUCUCGCUGGCAGAGAUGUUUGCCCGUAGCCACAGCUACUCCGUGCGAGCUGACCAGGAGCUGCUGGCCGUGGGCUGCUGCAACGUGCUGCCCGCUUUCUUCCACUGCUUUGCCACCAGUGCUGCCCUGGCCAAGAGUCUGGUGAAGACGGCCACUGGCUGCCGCACGCAGCUGUCCAGCGUGGUCAGUGCCGCGGUGGUGCUGCUGGUGCUGCUAGCGCUGGCACCCUUGUUCCGGGACCUGCAGCGGAGCGUGUUGGCCUGCGUCAUCGUCGUCAGCCUGCGGGGCGCCCUGCGCAAGGUUGGUGACACAACAGUAUUCCAAGAAGUAGGGACCAGCAGCAGAACCAGGAAGUGGUGGUGAAGCUCGGAGACCAGCUGCCCGGAAGGCCGGCCACCCCCCCACCCCCACCCCCACGCAGCAGUGGCGGCUGACCUCAACGUCCUGCGGGAAAAUGACUGCAAACCUGGAAUUCUAAAUCCGGCAGAAAGUGAGCUUUCACAAACGGAGGUCCAGAAGACCUUCAGAGAAACAAACUCUGAGAACACUUGUCACAAAGGAAAUAGUGAACAGUGUCUUUUCGGGGGCCACUGACUGCCACAGCCUGGGGGCCGGAGGGAAGGGGGCACGAGAGAAAGUCUGGGGAGGAGAGACUUGGAAACCAAUAACAAUGAUGUCGCGUGAACUUACAGUACAUCCGGGGAACUAAAACGUAUGACAAUGGCGUGGAAGUUGAGGGGAGGGGAUGGAGUGUGACCCACGGGCCACAGCCAAGACCUGUGAGUCUGACCUUAGCUGGUGAAGGGACUUUGCAGGUGUGAGUAAGUUAAGGAUCUUGAGACUGGAAGAUCAUCCUGGAUUAUCCUCCGAGUGGCUCUAGAUGUCUGUGAGGGGGAGGCUGAGGGGUGCUGGCCUCGGCAGACACACUUGGAGGUGGCUCUGAUGUUUGUGGUGGGGGUUUGUCCUGGUCAGCAGAGCCAGACAGCAGCGCAGAACUGGCUGUUGUGAAGGGGGCAUCCAUGCCCACGGCCCCCGGGAAACGGGCAGCGCCUCUCCCCGGGACAGGCCUGUGCACAGCAGCGUGUCUUUCCCCCUCGCUCCUCUUGUCAACAAAGUGUUGUUUUUUCUCUUAAAGCCUGGCUUGUGUCUCUAGACAGGUGACACCAUUUUCCUCCGUCCCCCACCCCCCAUCUGUCUGUCUGCCCCUGACUGUGCUGACUGCAACUGCUUAUUCUGUCUUUGUGACUCUUGGGGCCUUGGUCUGGGAGACACUGCCCCUCCCGGGCCUGCCCCCUGGCCCUGAGCACCAGCGAUGGCAAAGAGAGCCACCCAGCGCCCACUCCACCAGCUCUCCACCUCACCCUCGGACACCAAGCCAGAUGCUGGACAGGGAGGGAGCCGUCCCUGCAGGCCAGGCUGCUGAGUGUGCUCACCCCCGAGAGGGCCCCCCUCGGGGCUGGGGCCACACUCUCCUGGCUCCUGCUCUGCCUCCUGGCCCAGACUGGGGCUUCGCCACACGCCCCUGUGGUCCGUGGCACCUCCUUCUGCUGGGACAUGUAAGCGACCAGUUGUUCCUUCAGAGGCAGGUGUCGUGGUCCCUGUCACCUCACCACACCUGACCAGAUUCAUUAGAACAAAUCCUGGGCCAAGACUCGAGAACACAGACGCCUUGCUGCUGCUCUGAUGCUGGGGCAGGCCCUGUGCAGGACUGCAGGGGGCCAGACAAGGCCUGCACUCGGCUUCUGGGGGACCUGGCCCUGCCCACACCUGGAACAUAGAGGGUGUGUGCUGUCCUGGACAGGCCCCGAGGCCAGAGCAGGGAGACAGCAUGGCACUGGGUGCCUGGGGGACACAGCAGACCCACAUGGUGGCAUUCACAAAGGGCCUUCACCAUGGGGUCACGUGGUUCUGUAAACUUUGCUAAACUAAGAUAUGGUGACCCUGGACGUCUCCACACUGUCCUGGGUUGCCUCUGUCCCACUUCCCCUCUUGCUGGGGGGCACUGGGGAGGUGACGACACUUUCGGGAUCUGGCCAAGGGGAAGUCCAGUCGUGGAAACACUGGGGUUAGCCGGGUGUAUUUACAUUGCCUGCGGUUACUUGUCUACAUCGAGAAGUUAAUGCCAGACAUGCCAGUUCAUCCAGGGGCAUGCAUGGCAAUUAACCAAGAGGAGCGAGUCACACAAAGUGCUGGAUGCUGCUGACUUGACCGGAUGGCACUGACAAGACAACCUGGAACCUCACAGCCAUGUGACAAGCACACGGUGGAAGAAGGCCAUCCGAUCAGUAGGGGCGUCUUAGAUUAGCACAGCACGGGAAAGUGCACCCAGCACUUUCCAGCUGGCCAGUGGAAGACUGGCCAGCAUUCUCUCCUAACGAGACAGCAGUCCUAAUGGUGGGUGUGGCAGAGCCGGGGAUGAGCAGCGCAGAGGGAGCCUCUGCAAACAGGCAUCUUGAUUGAUUUUCCAAUCGGCUGGGUCAGUGGGGCUCAAUGAUCUUUCUCUUUUCUCCCUGAAAAAUGAUAUUAUGAAAUCAUUGUAAAAAGAGACAACAUGAAAUGUAUUUCUUAUUUUGUG